CAUCCAUUUGCGGAGCAGCUGACGUCUGAGCUCAGUCGGUGCUGCAUGUGGAUGAGAAGACCGAGGCUGCAGCAUUAGACCAGCUGUCCUACUGAUGGAGCGUACUUGAAGGGGAUUUUUCUGCCAGUCCUGGAGGAAAAGGUGUUCUUCUAACCCCUCAAAGACAGAUCACUUAUAGCAGAAGCUGGUUGUCUUGCUCUGUCAAACCUGUAAAGAGUACAAGCCCAGCUUCACACGUGGCACUGACUGAAAGUUGGGAGAAUGACUGCCAUGCAGAAGCUGCUGCAGCUGCCGGUGAAUGCAGUGAACAUGGUGAAAACAGUGCAGAGUCAGGUCCAAGGCCAGGAGGAGGACAAGAGCCCUGUCCUGAGUCCUGACAGUGGGCAGCAGACGUGGUACAGCGCCCUGCAGCCAGACGAGCUGCGACACCUACGGUCUGGGGGUACAGGUGGAGGAGGUGGAGAUCAAGAGGAGCGAGCCACAUUGGAGGAAGGAGGUGGAGGUGGCAGUUUCCAAACUCAGCCGCUGCGACACGACGACUUGAAAGAGAUGCUGGACAGCAACAAAGACUCUCUGAAGCUGGAGGCCAUGAAGCGGAUCGUGGCUAUGAUCGCUAGAGGCAAAAACGCUUCAGAUCUCUUCCCAGCUGUGGUGAAGAACGUAGCAUGUAAAAACAUUGAGGUGAAGAAGCUGGUUUAUGUUUACUUGGUUCGAUACGCCGAAGAGCAGCAAGAUCUCGCUCUGCUCUCCAUUUCCACGUUUCAGCGGGGCUUAAAGGAUCCGAACCAGCUGAUCCGAGCCAGUGCCCUUCGUGUUCUCUCCAGCAUUCGAGUUACCAUCAUUGUCCCGAUCAUGAUGUUGGCCAUUAAAGAAGCUGCUUCAGACAUGUCUCCGUACGUCAGGAAGACAGCUGCCCAUGCUAUCCCUAAACUCUACAGUUUGGACCCUGAACAGAAAGACCAGCUGAUAGAAGUCAUAGAAAAACUUCUGGCUGAUAAAACCACGCUGGUGGCAGGAAGUGUUGUCAUGGCCUUCGAGGAGGUGUGUCCAGAGCGCAUUGACCUCAUCCAUAAGAACUACAGGAAGCUGUGUAACCUCUUGAUUGAUGUGGAGGAGUGGGGGCAGGUAGUCAUCAUCAACAUGUUGACCCGCUACGCCCGCACCCAGUUCCUCAAUCCAAACCUCAACGAGUCCCUGUUGGAGGAUGGUGGCAGUGGGGAUAAGACUUUCUAUGGCUCAGAUGAGGAUGAAGACGAUGAUGAGAAAGAGAAUAAGGAGAAGGCCGAGGCUGCUGCUUUGGCCAAGAGAAAACCAUACGUGAUGGAUCCAGACCACCGUCUGCUGCUAAGGAACACCAAGCCGCUCCUGCAGAGCCGUAAUGCAGCAGUGGUGAUGGCCGUGGCUCAGCUCUAUUUCCACCUGGCCCCUAAAGCUGAGGUCGGGGUGAUUGCCAAAGCCUUGGUUCGUCUCCUGAGGAGUCACAGUGAAGUCCAGUUUGUCGUCCUCCAGAAUGUGGCAACAAUGACCAUCAGAAGACGUGGCAUGUUUGAACCGUACCUGAAGAGCUUCUACAUCCGCUCCACUGACCCAACACUGAUCAAGAUCCUGAAGCUGGAGGUUCUCACAAAUCUAGCAAAUGAGACGAAUAUUUCCACCAUACUGAGAGAGUUCCAGACAUACAUUAAAAGCAUGGAUAAAGAUUUCGUGGCUGCAACGAUUCAAGCUAUCGGCCGCUGUGCAACAAACAUCGGUGAAGUGAGGGACACGUGUUUGAAUGGUCUGGUGCAGCUGCUGUCCAACCGAGACGAGUUGGUGGUAGCUGAGUCUGUAGUUGUCAUCAAGAAACUGUUGCAGAUGCAACCAGAGAAGCACAGUGACAUCAUCAAACAUAUGGCCAAGCUAACAGACAACAUCCAGGUGCCGAUGGCGCGGGCUAGUAUCUUGUGGCUGAUCGGAGAAUACUGUGAGCAUGUUCCAAAGAUUGCUCCGGAUGUUCUCAGGAAAAUGGCCAAGUCAUUCACCUAUGAGGAGGACAUAGUCAAACUACAGAUUCUCAACCUGGCUGCCAAGCUGUAUCUCACCAACUCCAAACAGACCAAACUGCUGACACAAUAUGUCCUCAACUUGGCCAAAUACGACCAGAACUACGACAUUCGUGAUCGAGCACGCUUCAUUCGCCAGCUCAUAGUGCCCACCGAGAAGAGUGGAGCCCUCAGCAAGUACGCCAAGAAACUGUUCCUCGCUCUCAAACCUGCACCUGUCCUUGAGUCUCCAUUUAAAGAUCGAGACCACUUCCAGUUGGGUUCUUUGUCCCACCUGCUGAAUGCCAAGGCUGGGGGCUACCAGGAGCUGCCUGACUGGCCUGAAGCUGCCCCCGACCCCUCCGUGCGCAACGUGGAGGUGAAGGAGUCUGUUUUUACGCUGCUUGAACGAGUCACAACGUUAACAAGCGUGCCUGAAUGGACCAAGUGCAGCAGCCGUGAAAAGAGGAAGGAGAAGAAAGUGGAGAAACCCUUCUACUCUGACUCAGAGGGUGAAUCUGGGCCAACUGAGUCAGCUGAUAGUGAGACCAACUCUGCCAGCGCCUCAGACAGCGCCUCAGACAGCGAACAAAGCAGGUCAAGUUCAGAGAGUGAAGAGAGUGAUGAAGGCUCAGAGUCUGAGGAAGAGAAGGAAAAUAAGAACAAGAAGAAAGUUGUAAAGAAAGCAGUGAAAGAAAGUGAAAGUGAACAGAGCAGCGAAGAAGAAAACAGGAAGCUGGAGAAAAAGAUCAAACAGCAGGAGAAAGACUCAGAGACGGUGUCAGAUGAUGAGGAGAGUGAUUCUGAAAGCAGCCAGUCCACGUCUGAAGACUCUGAGUCUGAAGCAGAAGUCAAAAAGAAGGCACCUGUAUCUAGAACUCCUCCUAAACCUGUCAAGAAAGAGAAGAAGGAAAUGUCUCUGCUUGACCUUGAUGACUUUGAACCUGCUACCUCCCCUCAAGUCACACCCAUCAGCACCUUACUUUCAAACAGCCUGGUGACAGACCUGGAGGGACUGUCCUUGUCAGACUCUGUCCUCGCACCAUCUACCAUCACUCCCUCCGGCACUCUGAAAAGCUACGAGCUGCUGCACCGCAUCACAGGGGAGGGUCUGUCAGUGGAGUACUGCUUUGGCCGCCAGCCCUUCAGCCCCGACGCAAACAUGGUGGCAGUUCAGCUGCAGUUCACCAACAACUCCACCUCUGAAACCAAAAACCUGCACAUGAAGGAUGUGAAGCUGCAGUCAGGGAUGAGGGUGAAGGAGUUCCCAGAGAUUGAAUUGCUGCCAGCGGGUGACACGGCCUCAGCGGUUAUGGGAAUUGAUUUCUGUGACUCGACCCAAGCAGCAAACCUCCAACUGUGCACCUCCACCAGGAAGUUCUUUGUGUCGAUCCAACCUCCAGUUGGAGAACUUAUGAGGCCCGUGUUCCUCACAGAAAACGAGUUUAAAAGGGAGCAAGGUCAGCUGAUGGGUAUGAAUGAGCUCACAGAGAAGCUAAUUCUGGAUGCUAAGUAUCGGAAUGAGCACGCCAUCGUCCAGAGAGUGACCACGGCCGCUCACCUCAGCAGAGUCCCCUGUGGCUCAGACAAUGAGUGCAGUCCUUCUGUCCCUCCUCCUGAUCAUCCUGCCCACAGGUUUGCUGGCAGAACGGUGACCAGCGGCAGCUUGGUGCUGGUCACCGUGGCAACCGGAGAGGAGGGAGUUGCCCAGCUGACGGUGAACUGUGAGAAAAUGGUGAUCGGCACAAUGCUGGUUAAAGACAUCCUCCUGGCUCUAACGCAGUAGCAGCGACCUCCACCACCGUCCACAUCCUGUCCACGGCUCGUCCACAUCACCUCUGCUGCAGAAAGGGACCCUCCAAUAAAAGCCACCUUCACCUGAUACCUGUCAGACAUGAUGGAUUUGAACCUUAAAGGCAUAUGCAGGUCAUGUUGUUUUCGGGGCGUGGGAGUUAGUGUAGUUGUGUUAGCGGUUUUUGUAAACAGAGAGAAGAAUAGGCAUGUAGGAGAGUGGGUUUAUCUGGGACAGUGUGGAUCCAGAUGAGACUAGCGUGCACCAUUAGACACCUCAGAGGUGGAGUUACACACGUGCUUCUGAUAGACGAGGGAUCUGUAGAGCCACACACUCUCCUGAGCUUCAGGUGGUCUUGUGGGUUUUAGAGACUUCCAUCUGCUGUAGUUCAGGAAUGAACUCCUUAUUACUGAGUGUCCACCUGAGUUCCUGGAUGAACACCUGCUGACUCAGCUCUUUAAACAGAUUCAUGUUGGACUCUUUUGAACAGUUUGAGUCUUUCAAGUUUCUGUUGAAUCACAGACUAAAGGUUCGUCUACAUUCUCAUGUUUAACAGGUAAUCAGGUCAUGUUUAGGCAUGAUGUCCUCAUAAACAAUCCUGAUCUGCUGCUGUCGCUGGUAAUAAGUCAUUCAUUUGAUCAACUCUGACUUUAAUUACCAGCUUAGAGCAUCCACCUUAUUCUCACGGCGUCAUGCUUUGUGCGAAAGAUGCAAGCGGCUUCCGGUCCUGCGUUAGUUUACAUUCAGACAACAUGAUCCCUUCACGCAAACCCUCUUUUUAAUUUUUGACUGAGAAAACACACGGGAACGCCGGCAGUCUCGGCUUAAACACCGUUACAAUCCCUGUGCCCGCUGCCAUCCUGAAACUUGGACAAAGAUAACGUACGGUAGCAUCUUUAGCUACUUUCUGAACUUUGCCGCCUGCCAUUAGUCUGUCAGUUUUCCAAACUUGCUGCUUGAAUUAAAGCCACUUCAAAAUCAAACAUGGUUCAUUUUGGCUUGGGGCAUAUGCUCUAAAAUAGGGAAGGCCUGGUAACAGAUACAACAUGAAGCUAAAGAUGCUUGUGCUGAGAUUAGGGAACUUUGGGUUGAUAACGGCAGUCUAAACACACGUUAGAUCAAAUAAACUAAGUAUUCAGAAAACUACACAUGAAAUACCUGUUGUCUCCUCAGCAUCAGCGUCUCUUCUCUGGAGGUUUGUCAUUUGGGUGUGGGUGUUCGCUCCACAAAGUGGAAGGAACACACGGCUUAAAAUUGUGGUUUCAAGUUAACUUCAAUUCAAUUCCAUUUAUUUAUAAAGCACCAAAUCAGGACCAGGGUCCUCUCAAGGACCUUCACACAGUAAACAACACAGGUCAGGUCAUUAAGCUAAUCCGUUUAAACGGAGAAGGAAGUGACGCCACCAUCAGCGUCAGCCUGAGGAAGUUUGCAGCCGCAAACGAAACGUAGCGGGAAAACAGGUAAACAAAACUGCUCUGUGUUUUAAAAAAGAGCUACAGCAUGGAUUUAAAGACAUUAUUUAUUUAUUAUUUAUUAGCUUUCAGCUCUAACUCUCCUAAACAUCAAAUCAGAGAUGUUCUACUGAUGCAUCCUGUAGUCAUUCCAUUACCCCAAAGAACACGCUGAUUAUUUAUAAACAUAAUUUGUUUUAAUGCAUCAGGAAAACAGCUGAGAGCUAACCCUGGUUAGCUUAGCAUUUUCAACAUGGCAAACAAAAACAUUCAUGACACGUCAAACAUAACCAGCGUUUAUAAGUUCAGCUAACAAUAAAAAGCAGUUGUUUUCCUUCAGGUCAAAGGUCAUCCUAAUGCUGUUUUCCUGUCAUCCUCUGAGGUGUGGGUUUAUUUCAAAGUUUUAAAAACAUGAAGAGCAUGUUAAACACAACAUGUCAGACAUUGUAGUUUACAUGUUAAACAACAUGCUACAUGUUAACAUUACAUGUAACAUGUUAAACACAACAAGUUAAACAUGUUACAUGCUAGAUGUAAAACAUUACUUGUUAUAUAUUAAACAUGUUAAAUAUUUUAGUAAUAUGUUAAACAACGUGCUACAUGUUAAACAUUACAUAUAGCAUGUUAAACACAACAAGUGAAACAUGUUGCCUGUUGAACAUUACAUGUUACAAGAAGACCCAUCGUUUGGUUAAUAGGAAUGCAAAAUAAGGCAAUCACACAUUCAUGAUUAAAAUCCAAUAAACAAGAGGCCGUUUCCAUGGAAACAAGUGGGUAAACAUACAAAUUCUGGUGCACAUCUGGUCAUAUUGCUUGUAUGAGCAGCAGCUGUGAGAUCAUGUGUGUAGUGGUUGGUGUGUCUCCCAAUUAUUUAUUGAUUGUACUAAAUAAAAGACCAAAUGAGA